AUGCUUCUCAGUUGCAUUUACAUUUUGCUUUUGGGCUUUACCAGUUGUUUCUUUUUCAAAAGUUCUUGCUCAGCAUCAGACUUCAGCUUGGAGGGAGAUUACUUAUUGGGUGGCCUUUUCCCUUUACAUGAAAUUGAAAAGGAAACAACUCUGUUUUCUGCAGAGACCACCGAAUGUUUCAGGCACAUUUCCUCAAAAUCUGGCUAUCACAUGUUGCAAGUAAUGAGGUUUGCUGUUGAGGAGAUUAAUAACUCCACCACUCUUCUGCCCAAUGUUUCUCUGGGCUAUGACAUUUUUGAUCAUUGUUCUAAUACAAAGAAUUUCAAUUCAGUCUUACGUUUCAUCUCAAAGAAUGGCUCAAUAAAACCUAAAGAAAAGCUCAACAACUAUCAGCCUAAAGUAAUUGCUUUAACAGGACCAUAUGGAAGCACAAGAACUAUGACUAUUGCACCACUGUUCACAAUGGACCUUAUACCAAUGGUGAAUUAUGGAGCUACUACCUAUGCGUUAAGCAAUAAACUUCAGUAUCCUUCCUUUGUAAGAACAAUCCCUAGCAACAAAGACAUGAUAGAAAUGAUUAUUCACAUCAUACGGUGGUUUGGAUGGAACUGGGUUGCCUUUAUUGGUAGCCAAGACGAUUACAGUUCAGAUGGACUAAAGCUUUUUAAUGAGUAUAUAAGCAAUACUGGUAUUUGUUUGGCCUAUCAAGAGGGUCUAAGUCUAAACACAAACUACAGUCUAACGCUUAAAAAGAUUGAUAUGCUCAACAUCAAUGUCAUUGUAGUUUUUGCUUUGCCACAAUAUGCAAGCAAAUUUAUCAAAGCAGCCAUAGCGAACAACAUCCAAGACAAAGUAUGGAUUGCAAGUAAUGCAUGGGCUAUGAAUCAACAGCUUCCAAGAGAGCCAGGAAUUGAGAAAAUUGGCACAGUCAUCGGCAUUACAGAGAGACUGUUGUCAUUGCCCGGAUUUAAUCAAUUUGUCUAUAAAGCCAGAGGAACAUCUGAUGCUGACCAUAAUGAUGCUGAGGGUAAAGUCAAGAGUAAGACAUGCAAUCAAGUUUGUCAUUACUGCUCAUUGCUGACUGCAGAGGAGAUUAUAAACGAGAAUCCCUCACUUUCCUUUGCCAUAUAUGCUGCCAUAUAUACGAUAGCUCAUGCAUUACAUAAAGUUCUGCAGUGUGACAUCAAUGAAUGCCAGAAAAAUACGAUGGCCAAACCAUAUAUGCUUCUGGGAGAAAUAAAGAAGUUGCAUUUUAUACUCAAUGGCCGUCAGGUGAAAUAUGAUGAUCAUUUUGAUCCAGCUAUCAGUUUUGCAGUUGUGGUCUGGCGCACUGAAGUGAAUCCUCCACAGUUUGUGAUGGUGGGCACAUAUGAGAAACAUGCAGGAAUUACUUUUACCAUUGAUAACUCUCUCCUUCCCUGGCGUAACAAUGGUUCUACCUUGCUGCAAAUGUAUCUUGAAGUUGUCAUUAUUGCUAAUCCAUUUGCCAAGGUCAUCAUCAUUGGUUACAAUUAUUGCAAAAUACUACUAAACAAUUAUAUUAUUUUACUCUUUUUUUCAGGGGACCCUUAUACUUGUUUUCCUUGUGCAGAGGGUGAAUGGUCUGAUGAGGGCAGCACGACAUGUAAGACUCGCUCUGUUGUCUAUCCUCAGUUCACAGAAAUCGCCUCCAUCACUGUCAUGGUUUCUGCUGCAUGCCUAAUUAUUCUCCUUAUUGCCAUAUUUUGCCUUUUUGCCUACAAUUACGACACGCCAGUGGUGAAGUCUGCUGGUGGCGGCAUGUGUUUCCUCAUGCUGACCAGUUUGAUUAUGUCUAGCAUAAGUGUGUUCUUUUUCUUUGGAAAACCAACAUUUGUAUUUUGCCUCCUGAGAAAUGCCAUAUUUGUAUUUUUCUUCACUGUCUGUAUUUCCUGUUUGACUGUCCGUGCCUUUCAAAUUAUUUCUGUUUUUAAAAUGGCUACUCAGUUCCCUAAGUUGCACAGCCUUUGGGUAAAGCACAAUGGCCAGAGUCUCUUCAUUGCAUUUGUUUCUUUCAUUCAUUUCAUUUCUUGUGUGAUCUGGAUGACUGUCGACACUUUCAAACUCAUUGCUGACUCAUGGACUUAUAAAGAUCAACUUAUGCUCAUGUGUGAAAUGGGGAACACUAUAACAUUAACCAUAGUCGUGUUUAUAAGUUGGUUUCUUGGUUUCCUGUGUCUAUUGUUUUCUUAUAUGGGAAGAGAUCUGCCGAAAAAUUACAAUGAGGCCAAAUCAAUAACAUUUAGUCUCAUUUUGUACUAUCUGAGCUGGAUUGCAUAUUUCACAGCAUACCUCACUCUCAAAAGCAAAUACAUUGUCGUUUUGAAUGCAGUGGCCCAGGUAUCCAGUAUAAAUGGAAUUCUCUUCAGUUAUUUUAUACCAAAAUCUUACAUCAUUAUAUUCCAACCACAAAAGAACACUCCUGCAUACUUUCAAACUUCUAUUCAGAAUUACACCCAAACCAUUAGUAGGACCUAG